AAAAAUACGUGAUUUAGUAUUUAAUAAGCAAUAAAACCAGGGCUGGGUUAGGUACUAUAAAAGGUGAAGUUAUCAAGUCUUUUGUCAUUCGAUUAAUCCAGAAUCAAAGAAACAUAUUACCACUAUGUUCAAAUUUGUAGUUCUUCUUGUCGCCCUCUUCGCUUGGGCCUCGGCUGUCCCUAAUCCUCGUGCUUUGUUGGUAAACAGCUAUGGAUCUUCUGGUGGUUACUCUAAAUAUUCCGGAAGUUCCUACAACUCUAAAUAUUCCGGACUUGGCAACUUGGGUUACUCUGGUUGGUCCGGACUUGGCAACUUGGGUUGCUCUGGAUGUUCCGGACUUGGCAGCUUAGGUUAUUCCGGCUUUUCCGGACUUGGCAACUUAGGUUAUUCUGGAUUGUCCGGACUUGGCAACUUAGGAUACUCUGGAUUGUCCGGACUUGGCAACUUAGGUUACUCUGGAUACUCCGGACUUGGUAACUUAGGUUACUCUGGAUUUUCAGGACUUGGCAACUUGGGUUACUCUGGAUAUUCCGGACUUGGCAACUUAGGUUACUCCGGUUUUUCCGGACUGGGUGGUUACUCUAAAUAUUCCGGAAGUUCCUACAACUCCGGAUAUUCCGGACUUGGCAACUUGGGUUACUCUGGAUUGUCUGGACUUGGUAACUUAGAUUACUCUGGAUUGUCCGGAUUUGGCAACUUAGGAUACUCUGGAUUUUCCAGACUUGGUAACUUAGGUUACUCUGGAUAUUACGGCCCCUACAACGCAGAUUACUAUGAUUAUACCGGACUUGGAAAUUUGGGUUACUCUGGAUAUUCCGGACUUGGCAACUUAGGUUACUCUGGAUAUUCCGGACUUGGCAAUACAGGUUACUCUGGCUUUUCCGGACUUGGCAAUUUAGGUUACUCUGGAUUGUCCGGACUUGGCAACUUAGGUUAUUCCGGCUUUUCCGGACUUGGUGCUUACUCUAAAUAUUCCGGAAGUUCCUACAACUCUGGAUAUUCCGGACUUGGCAGCUUGGGUUACUCUGGAUUGUCAGGACUUGGCAACUUAGGUUACUCUGGAUUGUCCGGACUUGGCAACUUAGAUUACUCUGGAUUUUCCGGACUCGGUAACUUAGGAUACUCUGGAUAUUACGGCCCCUACAACGCAGAUUACUAUGGAUAUUCCGGACUUGGAAAUUUGGGUUACUCUGGAUAUUCCGGACUUGGCAACUUAGGUUACUCUGGAUAUUCCGGACUUGGCAAUUUAGGUUACUCCGGCUUUUCCGGACUUGGCAAUUUAGGUUACUCUGGAUUAUCCGGACUUGGCAGUUUAGGUUACUCCGGCUUUUCCGGACUUGGUGGUUACUCUAAAUAUUCCGGAAGUUCCUACAACUCUGGAUAUUCCGGACUUGGCAGCUUAGGUUACUCUGGAUUUUCCGGACUUGGUAACAUAGGUUACUCUGGAUUUUCCGGACUUGGUAACUUAGGUUACUCUGGAUAUUACGGCCCCUACAACGUAGGUUACUCUGGAUAUUCCGGACUUGGCAACUUAGGUUGCUCUGGAUGUUCCGGACUUGUCAACUUAGGUUGCUCUGGAUGUUCCGGACUCGGCAGCUUAGGUUAUUCUGGAUAUUCUGGAUAUUCUAACGGAGGAGUUAAUGCUUAUUCUGGACUUUACAGAAGCGGACUGUACAAAAAAUAACCUUUGUCAUAUUAUUAAAAAUGUAUAGAUACCUAAAUAUAGAUAAUAAAUGCAUUAAAAUAUAAAAA